GGCAAAUUUGGAGCGUUUAGAAAACGGAACUGAAAAGUACCGGUCAACUGUCCCUUCUAUUAAACAACAACCAAACCUCUUCCACUGGUCUCCUUCUGGUCCUAUGAUAGUUAGCCACCACCAAAAACCAAAACAACAAGAAAAAAGAAGAACAGAGCAAGAAAAACAGAGCAAAAAACAGAGCAAUCUUCCAUCACAUGUGAAUCUUCUUUUCAGAACUAUGGUGAAGAUGAUUCAGGAUACAACCAGAAAGAUGUCACAGCUCUGCCGGAAAAUUGUUCAGGUGGAGGUUCGGUGGGGAGUGCUACAAAGGGUAUCUUUUGUUGGAGAGUUUUUCAGAUUCAUAUGGGACAGGCUUAUGGUUUGCUCCGUCAGGAGACAACGGCCUAUGUACCGGAGACUGGCGUUCCGGGAUUCGCCGGCGGUGGACUCCGUUGACGACGGUGGAUUCCUGCAGGAGCUUGCCGAUAGCGGCGGGUAUGACACCGAUUCGGAUUUGGUGAACCUGAAGAUUAGUUUGUUGGGUGAUUGCCAUAUUGGAAAGACCACUUUUUUGAUCAAGUAUGUAGGGAAUGAACAGGAAAAGAGGAGCUUGCAAAUGGAAGGACUGAAUCUAAUGGACAAAACAUUGUCUGUUCAAGGAGCUCGUAUUUCAUUUUCUAUAUGGGAUGUUGCAGGUGAUAAAAGUUCUCGGGAUCAAAUUCCUAUGGCUUGUAAAGAUUCAGUUGCUAUUUUGAUCAUGUUUGAUCUCACUAGUCGUUGCACACUUCACAGUGUUGUUAGAUGGUAUAGUGAAGCAAGAAAGUGGAAUCAGAAUGCAAUUCCCAUUCUGAUAGGAACCAAGUUUGAUGAUUUUGUUAAAUUCCCCCCAGAUUUGCAAUGGACCAUUGUAACACAGGCAAGGGCUUAUGCAAGAGCAAUGAAGGCAACCCUUUUCUUUUCAAGUGCAACCCACAAUAUCAAUGUCAACAAAAUUUUCAAGUUCAUCAUGGCCAAGCUCUUUAACUUGCCAUGGACGGUAGAAAGAAAUUUGACUUUGGGAGAACCCAUAAUUGACUUCUGAAAUAUUCAAAUUUUGAUUCCUAUGUACAUGGCAGAACAGAGGAUAUAAGAAAAGAAAAACACAGAAGAAAGAAACCAAAUUGGACUUUUCAUGUUGAUUGAGAUCUAGGUAGGGCCUGUUUGGGAUAGCGUUUUGAGUAUCAAACGUGCGUUGCGUUUGCCGAAACGUCGUUCCGAAACUUUUCGUCCCUAUUUGGAUGAGCGUUUGCAGCAACGCAAAAACGCUAAAAGUCACCAAAACAGUGUUCUACUGGAAUCGAUAAUUUGGAGCGUUGGGCGUUGGAGCGUUAGGCGUUGGAGCGUUCGACCGUUGAAAGGAAGGCAUAAAUUUGAUUUUUGCCCCUUCAUCCAUGGUACCUUCCUUGUCUUUGUUCAUUUCGCCCAUGUCAUGCUCGAUCCUGGUCUGGAACUCGCAUCUGUGCUCGAUCCUGGUAUCUGGAACUUGCCUCCAUGCUCGAUCACAAUCUGGAAAUCGCACGUUCUUCGCUUGUGACCAUGUUAUCUGAGCUUCCAGCGUAUCUAGGAGGAAGAAAGAUGAAGAAGCUCCUCUGGUAUAGUCGGUUAGUUGAGUCUAGAAGCUCCUCUGGUAUAGGGAAAAUUGAAUUAUAAUUUGAGGUCCUGAGAGUUCUUUUUUUUCUUUUUUCAACCAGAGAGUUCUUUUCAUUUUGUACACUUUCUUUAAAAAUUAUAAAAUAAUAGAAACCACAAUUGUUUAUAUAUAA